AGGGGCACUAACGAAAGUGACAAGCUCGGACUCGAAAGGACAAGAAGAGUACGGGUCCAACUUCGAAGAAUUAUUCCAGCACUGACUCUUCCGAAACGUCCGAGAUAAUGGCUAGAGACAUUAGAGACAGAGAUCCAGAGAAGUUAAGAAAGCUUGCAGCGGAGGUAGUCUCGGGAAUGCAUGCCAAGCAUGGAGCAGCUAUUGCUCGGAUUGAGGAGAUGGCCCCUGGGCUGAAGGAGCAGAAUAACGAACUAAGUAUAGAUAUCGAUCGUCUGAAGAACAAGGGCGAAAAAUGACAACUAGAGAUAGUUGAAUUUAGGUCUCAUCUGGAUGCAGUGACAGCGGAGCUACGUGAGACUACUGACCGGUUAGAGAGAUGUGUCGAGCUCACCACCCCCCUUUUAUCUCCGCGCCCUACUUGAUUCUGCGCGCAAGAAGGUCGUGCAGCUUAUGUCUGCUGAGAGUAGGAAUGAUUCCAUGGCCAGCGAAAUGUAUCCGUCGUUUCCAAGGACAUUUCAAGCCGGCUCGCCGAGACGUCGUAUGCGCUUUCUCUUCUCCUGAGGUCGUUCACUUCUUGUGUUCGUACAGCCACAUCCAGUCUGAGGGCAAUGAAAAAGCACACGAGGCGACAAAAGAAGAGAUUAGGGAUGCCUUGAACAAGUCGGAUCUACACCGACGAUUCCUGGACAAAAUAUACGACUUUGUAUUUACGUGAAGUAUUUAGUUGGAUUAGUUUUUUCUCUUUCGUUAUCACGCUCGCUUUGAAG